ACUGUGUGAAAAAUUGCAAUUUUUUUCCAUUUAACACACACACACAGGCGCAACACACACGCAAGCAGUAGCGCGCAGCGAGAGGAGCAAAACGCCGCAGAAAAACGCCCAUCAAUUUCCUCGAGCGGACCGUAAGCGGUUAGGAAAGCGAACGGACACCAAGCAGGAUUGGGACAGGACGGCCAAAUCGCCGCCGCCACAGCCACCGACGAGCCACAGCGACGACAUUCCAGGAGUGGAGAGGCGGGGCAGCCCGAGCGAGAGCCAGCAGCAGCAGAAGCAGAAGAGGAAGAAGAAGCCGAUUCGAGAUUAUCAAUUAUGAAUUUCCUGGGCUUUGGCCAGUCAGCGGACAUUGAGAUAGUCUUUGAUGGAGCCGAGCACAAGACAGCGGAGGUCAAGGGCGAGGAUGGCAAGGUGGAGAAGAUGCUGCUCUUCUACGACGGCGAAACGGUGUCCGGCAAGGUGAACGUGACCCUGAAGAAGCCGGGCAACAAGCUGGAGCACCAGGGCAUCAAGAUCGAGUUCAUUGGCCAGAUCGAGCUGUUCUAUGACCGCGGCAACCAUCACGAGUUCAAGUGUUUGGCCAAGGCCCUGGCCCGGCCCGGUGAUCUCAUCCAGAACAACAGCUAUCCGUUCGACUUUCCCAAUGUGGAGAAACAGUUUGAGGUCUAUGCGGGCUCCAAUGUGCGACUAAGGUACUUCCUGCGCGCCACCAUCGUCCGUCGGAUCAGCGACAUUACCAAGGAGGUGGACAUUGCGGUGCAUACGCUGUGCAGCUACCCGGAGAUGAACAACCCCAUCAAGAUGGAGGUGGGCAUCGAGGAUUGCCUGCACAUCGAGUUUGAGUACAACAAGAGCAAGUAUCAUCUGCGGGACACGAUCAUUGGCAAAAUCUACUUCCUGCUUGUGCGCAUCAAGAUCAAGCACAUGGAGAUAGCCAUCAUCAAGCGGGAGAGCACCGGCACCGGGCCCACCAUGUUCAAUGAGAACGAGACCAUAGCCAAGUACGAGAUCAUGGACGGGGCGCCGGUUAAGGGUGAGAGCAUACCCAUUCGUGUGUUCCUAGCCGGCUACAAUCUCACGCCCACCAUGCGGGACAUUAACAAGAAAUUCUCGGUCAAGUAUUUCCUCAAUCUGGUGCUAAUGGACACCGAGGAUCGGCGCUACUUCAAGCAGCAGGAGAUUACGCUGUGGCGCAAGGCGGAUAUUCCACGUUACCACAGCGCCCAGCAGCAGCAACAGCAUCAUCAACAGCACCAGCAUGUGCCGCUGCAUGCGCCGCCGCAUCUGGUCAGCGGUCCGGCAGCCCCCACGGUGGCCCACUCCCUGAUCAGCUCCAGCAGUGGCGAGGCGGGCGGAGCACCUGCCCCGGCCGGUUCCGGAUCCGAGUCCAAGAUGGGCCUGUUCACCAGAGAGAGCCCGAAUCAGGAGUUUAGCCAGCAGCAGCUGGACUCGCCGCCGCUGACGCCCAGUGAGCGUAACGAGGAGCCAACGCCUGCGACAGCCUCAGCCGUUACCGCCGCGUCAUCUGCCCCAGAACCGACCCCCGAGCGGGGCAUGGGCGAUGGUGCUGCAGCGGCCACCACAAGUGUCUCGCCAGUGGCCAUGCUUUCCAGUUCGCCGCCGCCGCUGCUGCCAGGAUCACCACACUCGGUGGAGCAGGUGCCGCAGAACGAGCUGGUGGAGGAGGAGGAGGAAGAGGAUGCUGCUGGAGCUGCCACUACGAAAAAGGUGAGCGCCACGCCGCUGGCCGCCGAUUGAGUGGGGGAGCUGGGGCAGUAGCCAGAGCAGAAGGAACUAUUACGCAUACAAUAUUCGUAUACAGCAGCAGGAGCAGGAGCAGCAGCAUCAGCAGCGGCAACAAAAUAUGCAUAUAUCUAUUUUUUUAAAGUUAAUUUAAAAUUGUUAAAAAAUGUUUUAUUGAGGUUAUGCGCAUCAUUUACCAAAAGCAAAAAAACUAAACACAAACAAACAAAACCACAAAAAAACGCAAAUGAUAGUAACGAAAUAACGAAAUCGAAACCUAGGACAAAUGAGAGAGAGCUAUUGUAUAUCCAAAUCUCUGGAGAUCCAGAAUCUCUGGGAGAUACAUUUUUGGUAUUAUUGAUAAAUGAGAAGCGAGAGCAGUUCAUCCAGUCCGAAGCCAGUCAACUCCCCGAUGACCUGACCAUCAUUCCCCGACUUUACCCGUUUUUUGGAAAAUUUGAUUUUUCAACUCAAUGAAAAAUGUUGAAAUUACUUACUAAAAGUGAGAAGAAAAACAAAACCCUGAAAUCAAAAUGUGCAUUAAACUAAAACGGAUAACAGCAAAUACAACUAAAAAAAAAAAAGCAAAACUUACACACUUGAAAAAAUAAACCCCAAAAAACAAGAACAA